ACGUCAUCCAUGAUCAAUUGUCCGCCGUGGAAGUCGCUCCAUUCUGUAUUUCUCCUCUUCUGAAACAGCACAGCACCAUGUCGGCGUCCACCGAGCUCAAGACCUACGUAACCUGCGCCGCCGUACUGUACGUCAAGUUCGUGCUGGCGACGGGGAUCCAGGCCACCAAGACGUUCGAAGCCGGAGGUCGUCCGCCAGAGGAUGAGAACCUGCCAUUGGCCAAGGGCAACCCCAAACAGACGUACGGACUCGUCACGGCGCCAGAGACCAGCAAGGAAGAGAGCGAGAAGCUCCAGACAGCCAAACUCACGGAGCUGCGCUGGCGUCGCAUCGUGCAGAACGAUCUCGAGUCCAUUCCGUUGGCGCUCGUCGUCUUCGGCGCCGGCGUGAUGGCUAAGGGCAACCCGACCGUGCAGAUCGGCGCCAUGGUCGGGUACACGGCAGUGCGCUGCUUCCACACCGUGGCGUACGCUAACGCCAUGCACCCGCAUCGCGCGCUGUGCUGGCUGUUCGGCGUCAUUUUCAUCACCACGAGCGCCGGCAACGCGCUGUACGGCGCCUUCUCCAGUUAG